AUGGUGUGCAUUGGCCGCGGUGGGAUGAUGGAGCAGGGCUUGUCACUUGUGCCAAAAGUGCGAAGAGAGCCUAAAAACUUGCGUGACAUACGGGGACCUUCAACUGAAGAUACUGAGUUCACAGAAGGCAAUUUUGCAAUCUUGGCACUGGGUGGUGGUUACCUCCACUGGGGCCAUUUUGAAAUGAUGCGCCUGACGAUCAACCGCUCUAUGGACCCCAAGAACAUGUUUGCUUUAUGGCGAGUACCAGCCCCUUUCAAGCCUAUCACCCGCAAGGGUAUGGGACAGCGUAUGGGGGGCGGCAAAGGCGCCAUUGACCACUAUGUGACUCCUGUGAACACUGGCCGCCUCAUAGUAGAGAUGGGUGGACGCUGUGAAUUCAAAGAGGUACAAGGUUUCCUCAACCAGGUUGCCCACAAAUUGCCCUUCCCAGCAAAGGCUGUGAGCCGUGAAACCCUAGAGAAGAUGCGGAAAGAUCAAGAGGAACGAGAGCAUAACAACCAAAACCCCUGGACCUUUGAGCGCAUAGCCACUGCCAACAUGCUAGGGAUACGGAAAGUACUGAGCCCAUAUGACCUGACCCAGAAGGGGCGAUACUGGGGCAAAUUCUACCUGCCUGAACGUGUGUAGUGAGAAUAUGAGAAAUAAAUGUACAGAGAGAAGGAAUCUACAUAUUUGUGCCCCUCAGUUACCUUGAAAGUCUGGGUAGCUCUGAUGUCAUAACCAAGGAGCCGCAUACGAGUGCUAUAGAUGAAAGUGCAUUAUAUUUAUAUUAAAUAAAGUUUCAGUAUCACCUCUG